AUGGCUCAUUACAAAGGAGUUAGAGGAAAUGCAAAACUCAAAAUGAUAAACCCACUAUCACAAUUAGAGAGAUCUGAUUUAUUUAUUGUUUUUACAAGCUUUACAAAUCCAUCCAAUCUAGCUAUGCAAUUAUCACAUAAGCAAAAUUUUUGAAUGAAAAGAUCAAGCGCUGAUUAUAGCAUCUUCAAAGAUCGUUUUUAUUUGAUUAAUUUAGACAAUCUCUCUUUAGCUGAAGAUAACAAAAAGUCCCAAGUGGUGUGUGAGGCCCUAAAUGUCCCUGAGAAUAUAAAAAAUAUUACCUUGACCUUUCCAAGGAUUGAAAACAGUGAAACUUGGAUUCCUGCAAUCAAGGAAGGCAUUGAACAAGUUUUAAGAGGCCCAAGGCAUAAAAUAUCACUGACUGUUUGUCUUCAAAGUAAAGAACUGGAAAUUUUAAAGUACCAAUUUCGGGAUUCUUCUUUUUAUCCUGAAAUCAAUGUCAACGAACUAAAGCGAUUAAAAAGCCACAUAUUUACAAAAUUUCUUUGCAAUAAUUGCCAAGAAUUCGCGUAUAAACCAUAUGUUACGAAGUGUUGCUACUCGAUUUAUUGUAAUGUAUGCGCGCAAAAUUUCUGGUGUAGAGAUUGUAGUAAUAGGUGUGAUUUUGAAUCAAAUCCUGCAAUAAAAAAAUUAAUUGAAGACUCGCCUUAUAGCUGCAAUUGUGGAAUAGAAGUGAAAAUCAAGGAGAUGGACCAACACAUGCUUGGCUGCGUUUCAAGUCUUUAUAGAUGCAAGUUUGAAGGCUGUGGAUUUGAAGGGACUCAACUUGAUAUUAUGAAUCAUGUUUUUCAAUCACAUAGUGAGGUAAUAAUAGAAAGGAUGAAUGAAAUUAAAGCAAUUGAUAUGAGUAAAAAAUCAAAAACUAUAGGGCUUUCCCUUGAAUAGCCCGAUAACGGGAUGAAGCCAGCCCGUUGUCGGGCUAUUCAAGGAAAAGCCCUCUAUAUUCAAUGCAGACUUUGCGGAGAGUUCAGUGAAGAUAGAUGCGAAAAUUGCCAAAAGUAUCUACCAAUCAGUCGAAGUUUGCAGUAA